UUGGACAGAGAGCGAGAGCUCCUCCUCGUUCAUCUUUAAAACCUGCUGGAAACGCUCGGGGGUUGCACAGACGCGCACACACACACACGCACACACUCACUCGUCGACCUGCCACCGAUAACCGAGCGAGGAUGUUCUGCAGACGGGCAUGGCAGAGAGUCGGGCCGCUGGCACGGUGGGCUUUCAAACCCGCACCCAGAAACGCAGUUCCAGUGCGACACAUGGCCUUUGGAGUCCCUGGUGGCUCCACCAACAUGACAUACUUUGUUCUGUGUGGAGGAGGCCUUACUGCCGCAGUCGUCUAUGCUUACAAGACAGUCAGUGGUGACAGUGAGCGCUAUGAGGACAGACUGGCCAACAUGGGUUCUGCAGCAAAGGCUUCUUCAGCUGAGGCAGCACCAGAGGCAGCAGCUCCUGCAGCUGAACCCGCCCCGGUGGAGGAGGAGGCAGUGCCGGCCACCGAGGUCGUCGCAGAGUCUGUCCCCGCUCCCGCAGAAGCGGUACCGGAGACCGUUGCCGAUCCUGGCGUCGAGGCCGCGGCUGAAGAAGCCUCUGAGGCGAUCGUUACCGAGGCACCAGCGGAGCCAGCAGUGGCAGAAGAAGCUGCUCCACCUGCAGCAGUAGAGGCAGUCCCCGAGGCUGCUCCUGUCGCUGCGGAAGUCGCCGCCACGGUGGAGACUCCAGCAGAAGCCCCCGCGGCAGAGAGCACUGGUAUGGCUGCAGUAGAUGAAGUCCCUCCCGCUCCCCUCGCUGAGGCAGAGACUGUGCCUGCAGCCCCUGAGGGUGAGGCUGCUCCUGCUGUAGAGGUGGCUGCAUAAAGCUCUGGAAGCUCGAUUAUAGUUUGGCCAGAAAGGAGGGCUAGAAGUUAUUUGUGCUGUGUCCCGCCUCUCUGGGCCCAGGAAAAAAGGACUCAUAAACCCCUGUUUUAGUAAAGAGGAAAAAAAAGCAUUUAGUUUUCACUUCCAGUUGGUUAGUGAAUACCAGUGAGGGGUUCAUCAGUCCAGUUUUCAGGUGCCUUUCUUCCCUUUACCUCACCCCAACCUUCAGAGCCGGACCAUAAUAUUUGGCAUUAGGCUGUCUAAACAGAUUCACUUUGGAAAAUUCAGUUUCUAUAGGAAUCCUCUUCACCAGAGCAGAGCUAAUCCAAAUUAUGCUUUGGCUGCUGUACCGUUAGUAGAGGAGUGUUGAAGGGGGUGAUAUAAGGGAUAGAGCAGAGUUGAUAACUAAUGUUGUUCUCAGUAAAAUCAUAUUGGAAGUGCCCUUAAAAACAAGACACGGUCCUGCAUCAUCUGUUCCUCUACUUAUCUAAAAAUGUUGUGAUGGUGGAUGAAUGCAGUCCAUUUAAGAAAUUGUUCAGUCUUGUUUCUCUCGGACAUCCUCUGCUCAGCAAAUGCUUACUUCCAGCUAUGUCCCAUGAUUCCUGGCUAAGUUUAGGAUUAUUGUACAAACGGUGGGACGGUGGAACUCCUUCAGAUUUAACUCUGUCUCUCUGUGAAGUGUGACCAAAAACUAGUUAGUUGUGUUUUUUUUUUUUUUUUUUUUCUUUUCUAGACUGCAGCUCUUGUCUGGUAUUCUUGACUCCUAUAAAAUCCUGUUUCUCAUGGUGAGAAAAAGUUCAAAUGGGAUUUUCUUUUGUCCUCUUAUUUCAGAAUUUUCCUUUUGUCUUUUUGUGCCAUACAUUCAGAAACUUAUUUCCAUUACUACAUUUUUAUUAGUUAUCUAUCUACAAUUACACCAGCCUGCGCCCACUUCAUAUAACUCACCCAUGUCUCUACAUCAUGACAUCUUUUCCAGCCUUUUCUCCGAAAGCCAUUUUUCUUUUUAGUUUUUUUUUUUUUUUUUUUUUAAGUGUUUAAACACACUUCUGCUCCAACUCUCUGUCUCUUUAACUGUGAAACUAAUCUUUCAGGGAACACUACAGAAAAGAGAACUGAUUCAUCUCUGUCUGAGCCACGAAAGUUGGCAUGAUGAUUAAUACAGUUAAGUGUUCAAAGAAUAAUACAUCACUGGAUGAUAAGUACGUUUGAUGUGCUUCAAUAAAGACAAAGUUACUCUUUUUUU